CGGAAUCGGCCUGAGGCUAUUCUCCAACGAUGAUUGAUUCCAUUAAGCAUUGAUUUAGGCGGAAUUAUUCUGGGUCAAUUUUUGGCAGAUUCCAAAGGGGUACCAUCACAGAUUUCGGACGAUUUAUCCGAAAUGCUAUUAUCUUUCGAUUCCGGAGGCUACAGAUCACGAAAUCAAGCCGAGGCUUUUCUCCACUGAUAAUGAAGUCUAUUGAUCCUAUUCUCCACGGAUGAUAAGUCCGUUAAGCAUCGAUUUGGGCCAAUUAAUUUUCGGAUGGCAUUUUCGUAAUUUCUUAGGCUACGAAACGCCAUUUUCUUUUGGAUAUUGAAGGCUACAGAUCACGGAUUCGGCUUGAGGCUAUUCUCCAACGAUUAUUGAGUCCAUUAAGCACUAAUUUGGGCGGCUUUAUUCCGGGUCAAUUUUUGGCAGAUUCCAAAGGGGUCCAUCACAGAUUUCGGUAAAUUUAUCCAAAAUGCCAUUUUCUUUCGAUUCCGGAGGCUACAGAUCACGAAAUCAGGUCGAGGCUAUUCUCCACCGAUAAUGAAGUCUAUUGAUCCCAUUCUAAACGGAUGAUAAGUCUGUUAAGCAUCGAUUUGGGCCAAUUUAUUUUUGGAUGGCAUUUUUGUAAUUUCUUGGGCGACGAAAGGCCAUUUUCUUUGGAUAUUGAUGGCUACAGAUCACGGAUUCGGCUUGAGGCUAUUCUACAACGAUUAUUGAGUCCAUUAAGCACCGAUUUGGGCGAAUUUAUUCCAGGCCAAUUUUUGGCAGAUUCCAAAGGGGUACCAUCAUAGUUUUCAGGCGAUUUAUCUAAAAUGCCAUUUUCUUUCUAUUCUGGAGGCUACAGAUCACGAAAUCAUUCCGAGGCUUUACUCCACCGAUAAUGAAGUCUGUUGAUCCUAUUCUCCAUGGAUGAUAAGUCCGUUGAGCAUCGAUUUGGGCCAAUUUAUUUUCGGAUGACAUUUUCGUAAUUUCUUGGGCGAUGAAAUGCCAUUUUCUUAGGAUAAUGAAGGCUACAGAUCACGGAUUCGGCCUGAGGCUAUUCUCCAACGAUGAUUGAGUACAUUAAGCACCGAUUAGGGCGGAUUUAUUACAGGUCAAUUUUUUGCAGAUUCCAAAGGGGCAGCAUCACAGAUUUCGGGCGAUUUAUCCGAAAUGCCAUUUUCUAUCGAUUCUGGAGGCUACAGAUCACGGAAUCAGGCCGAGGCUUUUCUCCACCGAUAAUGAAGUCUAUUGAUCCUAUUCUCCAUGGAUGAUAAGUCCGUUGAGCAUCGAUUUGGACCAAUUUAUUUUCGGAUGGCAUUUUCGUAAUUUCUUGGGUGACGAAAGGCCAUUUUCUUUUGGAUAUUGAAGGCUACAGAUCACGGAUUCGGCCUGAGGUUAUUCUCCAACGAUGAUUGAGUCCAUUAAGCACCGAUUAGGGCGGAUUUAUUCCGGGUCAAUUUUUGGCAGAUUCCAAAGUGGUACCAUCACAGAUUUUGGGCGAUUUAUCCGAAAUACCAUUUUCUUUCGAUUCUGGGGGCUACAGAUCACGGAAUCAUGCCGAGGCUUUUCUCCACCGAUAAUGAAGUCUAUUGAUCCUAUUCUCCAUGGAUGAUAAGUCCGUUGAGCAUCGAUUUAGGCCAAUUUAUUUUCGGAUGACAUUUUCGUAAUUUCUUGGGCGACGAAAGGCCAUUUUCUUUGGAUAUUGAAGGCUACAGAUCACGGAUUCGCCCUGAGGCUAUUCUCCAAUGAUGAUUGAUUCCAUUAAGCACCGAUUUAGGCGGAUUUAUUCAGGUUCAAUUUUUGGCAGAUUCCAAAGAGGUACCAUCACAGCUUUCGGCCGAUUUAUCCGAAAAAACAUUUUGUUUCGAUUCUGGAGGCUACAGAUCAUGGAAUCAAGCCGAGGCUAUUCACCACCGAUAAUGAAGUCUAUUGAUCCUAUUCUCCACGGAUGAUAAGUCCGUUAAGUAUCGAUUUAGGCCAAUUUAUUUUCGGAUGGCAUUUUCGUAAUUUCUUGUGCGACGAAAGGCCAUUUUCUUUGGAUAUUGAAGGCUACAGAUCACGGAUUCGGCCUGAGGCUAUUCUCCAACGAUGAUUGAUUCCAUUAAACAUCGAUUUAGGAGGAAUUAUUCUGGGUCAAUUUUUGGCAGAUUCCAAAGGGGUACCAACACAGAUUUCGGACGAUUUAUCUGAAAUGCUAUUAUCUUUCGAUUCUGGAGGCUACAGAUCACGGAAUCAAGCCGAGGCUUUUCUCCACUGAUAAUGAAGUCUAUUGAUCCUAUUCUCCACGGAUGAUAAGUCCGUUAAGCAUCGAUUUGGGCCAAUUUAUUUUCGGAUGGCAUUUUCGUAAUUUCUUAGGCGACGAAAGGCCAUUUUCUUUUGGAUAUUGAAGGCUACAGAUCACGGAUUCGGCUUGAGGCUAUUCUCCAACGAUUAUUGAGUCCAUUAAGCACUAAUUUGGGCGGAUUUAUUCCGGGUCAAUUUUUGGCAGAUUCCUAAGGGGUCCGUCACAUAUUUCGGUAAAUUUAUCCAAAAUGCCAUUUUCUUUCGAUUCCGGAGGCUACAGAUCACGGAAUCAGGCCGAGGCUAUUCUCCACCGAUAAUGAAGUCUAUUGAACCUAUUCUAAACGGAUGAUAAGUCUGUUAAGCAUCGAUUUGGGCCAAUUUAUUUUUGGAUGGCAUUUUCGUAAUUUCUUGGGCGACGAAAGGCCAUUUUCUUUGGAUAUUGAAGGCUACAGAUCACGGAUUCGGCCUGAGGCUAUUCUCCAACGAUGAUUGAGUCAAUUAAGCAACGAUUUUGGCGAAUUUAUUCCGGGCCAAUUUUUGGCAGAUUAUAAAGGUGUACCAUCACAGAUUUCGGCCGAUUUAUCCGAAAUGCCAUUUUCUUUCUAUUCUAGAGGCUACAAAUCACGGAAUCAGGCCGAGCCUUUUCUCCACCGAUAAUGAAGUCUAUUGAUCCUAUUCUCCACAAAUGAUAAGUCCGUUAAGCAUCGAUUUGGGCCAAUUUAUUUUCGGAUGGCAUUUUCGUAAUUUCUUGGGCGGCGAAAGGCCAUUUUCUAUGUAUAUUGAAGUCUACAGAUUACGGAUUCGACCUGAGGCUAUUCUCCAACCAUGAUUGAGUCCAUUAAGCACCGAUUUGGGCGGAUUUAUUCCGGGUCAAUUUUUUGCAGAUUCCAAAGGGGUAUCACAAAUUUCGGCCGAUUUAUCCGAAAUGCCAUUUUCUUUCGAAUCUGGAGGCUACAGAUCACGGAAUCAGGCUGAGGCUAUUCUCCACCGAUAAUGAAGUCUAUUGAUCCUAUUCUCCAUGGAUGAUAAGUCCGUUGAGCAUCGAUUUGGGCCAAUUUAUUUUUGGAUGGCAUUUUCGUAAUUUCUUGGGCGACGAAAGGCCAUUUUCUUUUGGAUAUUGAAGGCUACACAUCACGGGUUCGGACUGAGGCUAUUCUCCAACGAUGAUUGAGUCCAUUAAGCACCGAUUUGAGCGGAUUUAUUCCGGGUUAAUUUUUGGCUGAUUCCAAAGGGGUACCAUCACAGAUUUCGGUCGAUUUAUUCGAAAUACCAUUUUCUUUCGAUUCUGGAGGCUACAGAUCAGGAAUCAAGCCGAGGCUUUUCUCCACCGAUAAUGAAGUCUAUUGAUCCUAUUCUCCACUGAUGAUAAGUCCGUUAACCAUCGAUUUGGGCCAAUUUACUUUUGGAUGGCAUUUUCGUAAUUUCUUGGGCGACGAAAGGCCAUUUUCUUUGGAUAUUGAAGUCUACAGAUCACAGAUUCAGCCUGAGUUUAUUCUCCAACUAUGAUUGAGUCGAUUAAGCACCGAUUUGAGCGGAUUUAUUCCGGGCUAAUUUUUGGCAGAUUCCAAAGGGGUACCAUCACAGAUUUCGGGCGAUUUAUCUAAAAUGCCAUUUUCUUUCUAUUCUGGAGGCUACAGAUCACGGAAUCAGGCCGAGGCUUUUCUCCACUGAUAAUGAAGUCUAUUGAUCCUAUUCUCCACGGAUGAUAAUUCCGUUAAGCAUCGAUUUGGGCCAAUUUACUUUUGGAUGGCAUUUUCGUAAUUUCUUGGGCGACGAAAGGCCAUUUUCUAUGUAUAUUGAAGGCUACAGAUUACGGAUUCGGCCUGAGGCUAUUCUCCAACCAUGAUUGAGUCCAUUAAGCACCGAUUCGGGCGGAUUUAUUCCGGGUCAAUUUUUGGCAGAUUCCAAAGGGGUACCAUCACAGAUUUCGGCCGAUUUAUCCGAAAUGCCAUUUUGUUUCGAUUCUGGAGGCUACAGAUCACGGAAUCAGGACGAGGCUAUUCUCCACCGAUAAUGAAGUCUAUUGAUCCUAUUCUCCACGGAUGAUAAGUCUGUUAAGCAUCGAUUUGGGCGAAUUUAUUUUCGGAUGGCAUUUUCGUAAUUUCUUGGGCGACGAAAGGCCAUUUUCUAUGUAUAUUGAAGGCUACAGAUUACGGAUUCGGCCUGAGGCUAUUCUCCAACCAUGAUUGAGUCCAUUAAGCACCGAUUCGGGCGGAUUUAUUCCGGGUCAAUUUUUGGCAGAUUCCAAAGGGGCAGCAUCACAGAUUUCGGGCGAUUUAUCCGAAAUGCCAUUUUCUUUCGAUUCUGGAGGCUACAGAUCACGGAAUCAGGCUGAGGCUAUUCUCCACCGAUAAUGAAGUCUAUUGAUCCUAUUCACCAUGGAUGAUAAGUCCGUUGAGCAUCGAUUUGGGCCAAUUUAUUUUCGGAUGGCAUUUUCGUAAUUUCUUGGGCGACGAAAGGCCAUUUUCUUUUGGAUAUUGAAGGCUACACAUCACGGGUUCGGCCUGAGGCUAUUCUCCAACGAUGAUUGAGUCCAUUAAGCACCGAUUUGGGCGGAUUUAUUCCAGGUCAAUUUUUGGCAGAUUCGAAAGGGUACCAUCACAGAUUUCGGGCGAUUUAUCCGAAAUGCCAUUUUCUUCCGAUUCUCGAGGCUACAUUUCACGAAAUCAGGCCGAGGCUAUUCUCCGCCGAUAAUGAAGUCUAUUGAUCCUAUUCUCCACGAAUGAUAAGUCCGUUAAGCAUCGAUUUGGGACAAUUUAUUUUCGGAUGGCAUUUUCGUAAUUUCUUGGGCGACGAAAGGCCAUUUUCUUUGGAUAUUGAAGGCUACAGAUCACGGAUUCAGCCAGAGGCUAUUCUCCAACCAUGAUUGAGUCCAUUAAGCACCGAUUUGGGCGGAUUUAUUUCGGGUCAAUUUUUGGCAGAUUCCAAAGGGCAUAUAAUCCGUGCUGAAUACGAUCAAUAGACUUCAUUAUCGGUGGAGAAUAGCCUUGGCCUGAUUCCGUGAUCUUUAGCCUCCGGAAUCGAAAGAAAAUGGCAUUUCUUAAAAAUCGACCAAAAUUUGUGAUGGUAUCCCUUUGGAAUCAAGCAAAAAUUGAACCAUAAUAAUUCCGCCCAACUCGGUUCUUAAUGGACUUAAUUAUCAUUGAAGAAUACCCUCAGGCCGAAUCCGUGAUCUGUAGCCUUCAAUAUCAAAUGAAAAUGGCCUUUCGCCGUAGAAAAAAUAACAAAAAUUCCAUCCGAAAAUAAAUUGGCCCAAAUCAGUGCUUAAUGGGGUUAUUAUUCGUGUUGAAUAAGAUCAAUAGAUUUCAUUAUCGGUGGAAUUUAACCACGGCCUAAUUCUGUGAUCUUUAGCCUCCAAAAUCGAAUGAAAAUGACAUUUCGGAAAAAUCGCCCGAAAUCUACAAUGGUACCCCUUUGGAAUCUGCCAAAAAUUGACCCAUAAUAAAUCCGCCCAAAUCGGUGCUUAAUGGCCUUAAUCAUCGUUGAAGAAUAUCCUCAGGCCGAGUCCGUGAUCUGUAGCCUUCAAUAUCCAAAGAAAAUGAUGUUUCGUUGCCAAAAAAAUAACGAAAAUGCCAUCCAGAAAUAAAUUGGCCCAAAUCGGUGCUUAAUGGGCUUAUAAUCCGUGCUGAAUACGAUCAAUAGACUUCAUUAUCGGUGGAGAAUAGCAUCGGCCCGAUUCCGUGCUCUUUAGCCUCCAAAAUCGAAAGAAAAUGGCAUUUCAGAAAAAUCGACCGAAAUCUGUGAUGGUACCCCUUUGGAAUCUAGCAAAAAUUGACCCAGAAUAAAUCCGCCCAAAUCGAUGCUUAAUUGACUUAAUUAUCAUUGAAGAAUAGCCUCAAGCCGAAUCCGUGAUCUAUAGCCUUCAAUAUCAAAAGAAAAUGGCCUACCGUCGCCCAAAAAAUAACGAAAAUGCCAUCCGAAAAUAAAUUGGCCCGAAUCGGUGUUUAAUAAGCUUAUUAUCUGUGU